AUGUGGGAAACCCGCGACCUCUUUCUAACUCCGGUCUCUCUCUUAGGGGGCCUAUCAGGAGUAACCGCUGAUUCUUCAUCGCCACCUCCAACCAACCGGGCUGUCCAUUCUGUCACCGACGUUUCUCCUUCCAGCGUUAAAUCGGACAAACUGACCGUCUCGACUCUCAGUUCACCAGUAGAGGCGCCCACUAGCAAACCUACAGCUUUGCCAACCUCCCCCACUUCUCCAGGUGUGGUGAAACCAUCCAAGAAACCUACAGUGGAGACUUCCGUCAAACCCACCACCCCUUCUGUGCCCACGAAGCACGGAAAAGCUACCACCGCUGCCGCCACCACCGUCAUCGCUGCAAAUACAACGGCCUCGCGGGCAACAGUGUUGGCUCCGGUGUCGCCUACCAACCAUGCCACUUCUUCGCGGGGGGUUGCUGCGAAAGACCUCAGCUCCACCAGCGGGCCGACCACGGUGACCCUUUCUCCUUCCUCGCCUUCCUCCAUAAGUCCGGUCGGGCCCACAGUGAAAAGCCCAGGGUCUCCAUUCACUUCUGCAAAACCUUCGUCCGUGCCUGGAAUUGUCAGUGGUCCUACAACCUUAGCAACCGACACGACUGCCAAAGCUGCAACAACAAGCAAGGAUAAAUUCUCGACGUCGCUCACCUCGCCCAACACAGUGGUGACAAUCGCGAUGCCCAAACCUUCAGGGUCUUCCAGAAGCUCCAUGCUUGAUUUCUCAAGUAGCGGCUCUUCGACUCGCCCAGAAUUGAAGACGACGCCUCCGGCUUUGUUCCCGGGGACCACAACUCCUCCGGUGUCUCAUGUCCCCUCUCCUUCCAGCCAGACGAACCUGAGUUCGGUGCAAGGCCAGACUAAGAUCGUUUGUGUGAAUAACAUGCCCCCAAAGGAGAAGGCGAACAUUCUCACCUUAAAUGCAUCACGGCCUUGUAACAGUUUGGAGGGAAGCUCAUUGAAAGAGGCUCUUAUGGAGAUGCUUUGCAAAGCGUUGAAGCCCAACUACAACCAGGAGCGAGAUGACUGUACGAUUUGGCUAGCUUCAGACCCGGAGGAUCUGAAGAGAGUGGCUGUGAUCAAAAUAUCUGUGCAAACAUACUUUGUGGAUGAGGAAUUAUCCGAAGUUCUGGCUGCGAAGAAGACAGAACUGGAGAAGUUUGGCGUUAACAACAUCACCUAUGGUGGCCGACCCCUAGACACGGAGCCCAAGGAUCAUCUGAGCCUUCCUCUCAUUAUCACCAUCAUCUGCAUGGCGGCCUCUCUGCUCCUCGUAGCUGCCAUCUACGGCUGCUGUCACCAACGUAUUUCUCAAAGAAAGGACCAGCAGCGCCUGACGGAAGAGCUGCACACCAUCGAGAACGGUUACCACGACAACCCCACGCUGGAAGUGAUGGAGACGUUAUCGGAAAUGCAGGAGAAAAAGGUGAACUUGAACGGGGAGCUGGGAGACAGCUGGAUCGUGCCCAUGGACAGCCUCACCAAGGACGAAUUGGACGAAGAAGAAGACACGCAUUUAUAAGCGGUGGGGUGGCUCUGCGUAUGUGUGCGUUUUGUUUGUUUUUUUUAACGAAAGAAGAGGGGAGGAGGGAGACGUGAGCAUAGAAAAAGAUGGAACUUCACGCUACCCGCUCCCUGCCUUCUCCCUCCCUCCCUUCAAAUUUCGAUCAAGAUGGAAAACUCAAAUCUUCAGCCACAAGUGCCGACGGACGUGGGAAAGACAGGGCUGGGAUGAUCCCAGUCGAAGGUGGAACGGCAGGCACCUGCCAAAUCUUUGUGAAUUUUUUUUUUAAUUAUUAUUAUUAUUAUCAACGUUCUUUUUAAACCCGUUGGCUUUCUGAAGCAAAGUUAUAUGUAUGCGUACUGAUAUUUUUAAGGACAGCGCCUCUUCUUUAAGCAUGGCCGAGGCUCGGAGAGAUGUCAGUAAUGGGGAAUCUGGAGAAAGGUCACAAAUUGUCCUGGAUACAGGAAACCUAUGGGGAAGAGAGCCUUUCCUGAUGCCACCCUAUUUUUUGUGUGUUUUUUUUUCCUUGACUUUUUUUUUUUUUAGCAAAAAAGCAAGUCUCUAGUCCUCAUGACGACCGAGCGAGCUGGGUUUAAAAAGACAAGCUUUUCAAUCUGAAAAGAUGGAAUUAGAGCAGGAUUUCUCAGGUAGAGAGGGUGGAAAAUAAUAUUUUUCUCCGGUAUGGCUAGCCGAAGUGAGAUCUCUUAUGCAGCAACACAAUCCUAUGUGCUGAUUUUUAAAAUAUAUAUAUACAUAUAUAUAUGUUUUCUGAGGUUUUCGCGGGUGUUUGUAUUGUAGGUCUUUGGUUAUUCGGGUUUUCUCCCGCGUAAAAUUGGAAGUGUCUUGGCGACGUUUCGACGAAGUCUCAUUCGUCAUCUUCAGGCUGGCGUUUUCGGCUUCAUGCUUCUAGGAGCAACUCCUGGGGGGGAAUCUUCAAAAAUCUGGAAAGACAAUUUCCGUUCUUCACCCACUGCAUGUGGCCCACAAUGCUUAUGCAAGCUGUGUUUGGCUUUUGAACACGGGCUGCAAAAAAGUGAAGGUUUGGAGAAGGGACCCAGGGAUGUGUGUGUGUGUGUGUGUGUUUAAUUGUGUGCCUGUAUGUCAAAGUUGCAGCUCUCACCCAGGGAGAGCAAAGCACUUGGCACUGGGAUGUCAGGAAAGCGAGAAGCACAGCAAGUUUUGUAGACCCCAGCUUCUACAUCCAGAAUUAAAUGUGUUUGGAGAUUCUCAGUCAUCCAGGUCAACGGUUGUCCCAAAGGUGCUUUGGGGCACAUUUCCAAGACUGGACUUUGUUUUUCCUUGAAGGCGUUUCGCUUCUCAUCCAAGAAGCUUCUUCAGUUCUGGCUGAAUGGUGGAGGAUGGAAGGAUUUACAUUCCUUGCAGUCAUCUGGUCGUUAGUACUCUUUCUGAGAGUCAUUGAGGCCACUUGGAGGUUUAUCUGUGCCCUCAGGGUCACCUGAAUAGUGCAAAUUGGGUGUGGGGCCUUUUUGGAACUGCUGAAAGGACUGUGUUGUAAACAGGAAAUAGUGGGUGUCAUAUCCCUCUGUUGAGAGACAGCUGUUCAAUCCAAAUGCAGAUAGAGAGUUAUAUACCGCUUUACAGUGCUUUGCAUCCCACUCUAAGUGGUUUACAGAGUCAGCCUCUUGCCCCCAACAAUUUGGGUCCUCAUUUUACCCACCUCGGAAGGAUGGAAGGUAGAGUCAACCUAGAUGGCCUCUUUAACCCCAUUUGUCCAAGAUAAACUUUCAAGUGACCUCAACGACCCUCACGACCACGACUGCGAGGAAUAUAUAAAUCCUUCCAUCCUCAACUGCAAAUAUAGCCAAAAUAGGGAAGAAGGCAUCUUCCACACCGUCAUCAGUAUCCUCAAGUCCAUCCAAUCAGAGGUCGAUGGAGAGUAUGUUGCAGCUGGAAAAAUCAAAUACAUCCCAAAAGGAAGUAUUAGCGAUGCUCCAGGUCAGGGGUCUCCAAACUUGGCAGCUUUAAGACUUGUAGACUUCAACUCCCAGAAUUCAACUUCCAGAGUUCUGGGAGUUGAAAGUCCACAAGUCUUAAAGCUGCCAAGUUUGGAGACCUCUCCUCCAGGUGUUACAGGAAUCCAUGACCAAAAGCCACAAUGAGAUAAAGAAAGACAUAGUGGAAGCGAGAAACGAUACGGGAGAGAUGAAAGAAAAACAUUCAAAAUACGGAUAAAAAAAACCUUCCAUCCUCCACCAUUCAGAACUGAAGAAACCUCUUGGAUGAGAAGCGAAACGUCCUCAAGGGAAAACAAAGCCCGGUUGCCUUUUGCGGAAAAAAAGCACCUUUGAGAGAUCCACAAUCGAAUAAAGAGAAGCAGAAUGUAUGGGAGGGGGAGGGCUGGUUGGGUUGGGUUGAAUUGGCCAUAAAAAUGCUAGCAAUACUAAGUCCGUCCAGACUAAAAGAAUCAUCUUGAAGAAGAAGGGGGUUAAUUGUGCCUUGAGGUGGAUCGACAAUUGAUCCUUCCCCUACUUGCAGUUCUCCCCAUCUGUGGGGACUACAAAUUGUACAGGUCUCCACUGUGUGUGUCUAUGUGCAUGUUGCGGAGGUACAUCUGUUCAUCCUUCCCUUCCUUGCCUUAUCCAGAGACGUAGAUAUAUUCCACUUAAGGAAUGGAUGAGCUGUUCACCUUUGAUUAAGGUUAUCUCCACAUCUUUUUCUAUAUAGGACCCCGAUGGCUACGUAGAACCAUAAGGGAUCUUGGGAGAUCAUCUAGUAUAGGGUUUCCCCAAUCUUGGCAACUUUAAAUGUGUGGAUUUCAACUUCCAGAAUUCCCCAGCCAGCUGCCUGCAGCCAAAACAACAGUCUUCUUUAACCAGAUUUAUUGAAAAGAGGAAAGAGUUAAGUUGUAGAAAUCUUGGCCACUGAAUACCUUUAUUAUAGUACCUCAUUUAUCUUUCUUUCUGGUGGAGGAGCUUUCUUGAUCCUCUCACUAACCAUCCACAGAAUAUGGGGAAGUUUUGUAUUUGUCAGAUCAGUGUUUCUCAACCAUGGCAACUUUAAGGUAUGAGGACAUUAACUCCCAGAAUUCCCCAGGCACCGGGGAAUUCUGGGAAAUGGAAGUCCACAAACCUUAACGUUCCCAAGGUUGAAAAAACACAGUCAUGAAGUAUUUGGCAAUCUCUAAGGUAUCUUCAAAGGCUUGGAGAAACCCACAAAAUAUGCCAAGGUAACUGAGGCCAAUCAACUCGGGGCUUACAUUUUUGCAAACAUCAGCUUUUGCUGGUGUCCUCAAAUAACUUGCUAGUAGUUGCCUUUUGGUUGAUUUGGGGCUAUUUGCAAGCAAAAGAGAUUUCCAGAAGCAGUUUGCAUAAUCCUCCCGAACAUCUGAGUGACCAGUGGCCAUUUUCAGAGGAAUCGGUUGGGAACCUGGCCAGAAUAGAGAGCACAUAAAAAAAAUAAAAAAAAAGUUAAUGCUGCAAAUGAGAAUUGCUGAAUUCUGCCUUAAAAAGAGCAGAAUUUCUAAAAAUGAGCCCUAAAAUGAACACCAUCCUUUACUGUAUUUUUUGGAGUAUUAGACGCUUCAGACUAUAAGAUGCACCUACCUUUUUGGGGGAGGAAACCAAGAAAAAAAAUAUCUGCCUCCCAGCAAUUUGCCUCCUUGCGGCAAACAGCCUGUUUCAGUUAUAUUUUCAUUUUCAGCACAGCCUGAUUAGCACAAGAAAAUAAAAAUCUGCCUCCCAGCAAUUUGCCUCCUUGCAGCAAACAGCGGAGGCCGAAAAUGGGGUGCGCGGAAGCUGCAAUAGGCAAUGGCAAUCCCUGCAGCCUGAAACAGCUGAUGGUCGGGAGGCUGAUCCAACUGACAAUCAGCUGCUUGUGCUAAUCAGGUUGUGCUGAAGCUGAAACGGGCUGUUUGCUGCAAGGAGGCCAAUUGCUGGGAGGCAGAGGCCAAAGGGUGGGGCGGGGCUACAUUUGUGUAUAAGACGCACCCAAUUUUUCACCUUUUAGGAGGGAAAAAAAGUGUGUCUUCUACUCUGAAAAAUAUGGUAGUUAGAAUUAAGGAUCCUAAUUUUAUGGGAGUGAAAUUAGGCCAGUAAUUACAAGAGAGAGGUCAUGCGUUACUCGCUUCCAAGAAAGUGGGGGGCGGGGGGAAUCAGUUCGGUAGAUUUACUAGUGGGAUUUAUUGCUAGCACUGAACAAUAUUAGGAUGCCGGCAAAAGGAUUGGGCCAUUUUUCCAGCCACUUUUGGGCCAUUUUUUGCAAUGUUUGCCAUGACCGGUUCCCACAGGAAACGUAUCAUGGCAUUUUUCCGAGGUUGCAAACAGUGCUUUCCAAACGACAAAUUAAGCCAAAGCUCAGCCUUGAAUAGAACUGUUUGUUUAGUGACUGCUCCAAGUUAUAACGGCACUGGAAAAAAAAAAGAGAGAGGACCGUUUUUCCACACUUAACGACUGGUGCACCUCCCUGUGGUCAUGUGAUCAAAAUUUGGACGCUUGUUUAUAUUUACGACUGUUGUACAACGUCCCGGGGUCACAUGAUCCCCUUUUGAGAACUUCUGACGAGCAAAGUUCACGGGGAGGCCAGAUUCACUUAACAACUGGGUUACUAACUUAACAACUGCAGCGGUUUCGCUUAACAACGGUGGCAAGGAAGGUCGUAGAAUGGGGCCAAACUUGCUUUUAACCACUGUCGUGCUUUGCAAUAGCCCUUAAACUUAUAUACCCGCUUCACAGUGCUGCUUGCCCCCAAAAAUCUGGGGUUGGAAGAGAAAUGUGGGGCUCAAUUGACUACUACCGUGUUUCCCCGAAAAUAAGACCCUGUCUUAUAUAUUUUUUUGAACCCUGAAAUAAGCACUUAGCUUUAUUGCCAUGCGCUCAAAAGCCCGAUUGGGCUUAUUAUCAGGGGAUGUCUUAUUUUGGGGGAAACAUUCUCCUCUGAUGGGGAGAAAAAUGUUUUCAUCCCCACGUGUCUUCGAGACACUCAGGGUUGCCCUUGCUUACUCCGGUUUGUAGAGAAGACAAGGAAGUGGGAAGACGUUCGGUCUGCCAAGGAAAAUAAUUGGAAGGAAACUGCUGAAAGAAACGAUAAAAAUCGACCAAAGGCUUGUUCAUAAUGAAAGGCCCCGGCAUCACCCCAGCCGCUCGUAAGAUCUCUGGGAACAGAAAGAGAUAACAGGAUGGGUGGAAUCACCAAUACUUCCUUAAAAGAUGGAUUUACGGUGCCUAGAUGGUGGAAAUGUGACUUUUGUUUUUAAAGACAAAGGGUUCUUUGGCACACCCUGUUAGAAGUAGGAUUUAUUCAGAUUUUUGCAUAGGCAGGGAGUCCUAAUUCUGAAUAAUUGGGCAAGACAAACCUUAACAGUCUGUAGAGAUUCUCAGUCCUUCAGGUUAGGGGUCUCCAACCUUGGCAACUUUAAGCCUGGAGGAUUUCAACUCCCAGAAUUCUGGGAGUUGAAAUCCACACGUUCUUAAGUUGCCAAUAUGGCGUAACACUGGAGUAGAGAUUCAUAUUGCUAGAACUUAAUUGACUGGCUGGGUUUGCCCAUCGGAGUUAGAGGAAGACAGACCUAGUUUGUCCAACAGACAAGCUCAAAUGUUGGUUUGGUGUGCAGGUGGCACCUUUGCUUGAGAUUUAGAAUGUCACGCACCCCCUUCCCCCCCCCAUUCAAUGGUGGUUUACUCAACAAACCAGACCUAAGCAAAUCAUGGCUUAAUGAGGCAGGUGAGCGGAGGCUGAUGAUAUGGACUUUUGUGGACCACAGGUGGUCCUUGACUUAAAGCCGCAAUUGAGCCCCAAAUUUCCAUCGCUAAAGCAAGACAGUUGAGUUGUUUUGCUCCAUGUUACGACCUUCCUUGCCACAGUUGUUAAGUGAAUCAUUUGCAGUGGUUAAAUUAGUAACCCAGUUGUUAGGUGAAUCUGGCAUCCCCAGUGACUUGGCUUGUCGGAAGGUUGUAAAAAAGGGGAUGUGACCCUGGGACAGUGCGGCCGUCAUAAAUACAGACACCAACUGCCAAAGUCUGAAUUUUGGUCAUGUGAUCACGGGGAUGCUGCAACGGUCCUGGGAAAAACGGUCAUAAGUCACUUUGCUUCAGUUGCAACUUUGGAACGGGCGCUAAAUGGGACUGUUGUAAGCCCAGGAUUGUAUUUAUUUUCCCCAAUUUCAUUUGCGCUUAUGCAGGAUUAGGUUGUACACGCAAAACCUUCCCCUCUCCCCACCCCAUUGCUGCUCGCCGCCGCCGCUGAUCCACGUUGUUGGAAAGUGAGAAGCGCUGGUGUAAAGCACUGUGGGAUGAUGCAUAUAAGUGCUAUUGCUAUUAAAAACUGUCUCAAGGUCGAGACCUCCCGCUCGAGGUGAUUUUAAAAUUUAAGCUGCAUAAGCCAUCGAAGGCAGAAAGUUAACUUGUGUUGAACCAGGCAAAAAGGAAGAUUUAGUUGGUCAGUUCUCCAAUUUAUUUCUUGAGGAGCUUCUUGGUUAAGCUAAACAUCUCAGCGGAGACGCUAUUUGGAGCGAGCUCCUGCACAGAGUCAUUUCAAUCGUUCAUUCCGUUGACAUUAUUUUUCCAGGAUCCGUAUUAAGAGCAAAUGAGAUGGAGCGUACCGACCUCAAAUAAGAAAAAAUUGCUAACCUCCAUUCAGCAACGGAUUAGAAGCAUCGGCUUGUUUGUAGCUUUGGUUAUUUUGGGGAGCUAAAGCAUUUUAUUUUAUUUUUUCUCCCCUUAGUUAACAAAUCCUUUAUGCAAAUCAAAAGGGGUCCUCUAUCAAUUUUACCUGUUUAGCAAAAUGUCUGUGGAGAUUCUCCAUCAUCCAAGUCGUGGUUGUCCCAAAAGGUUUUUUUGUUUUUUUUUUCCAAGAGGCAACUGGACUUUCUGGUUUUUUCUUUUGAAGACGUUUCUCUUCUCAUCCAAGAAGCUUCUUCAGCUCUGAAUGAAGCGAAAUUCUUCAAAAGAAAAACCAGGGAAGUCCAGUUGCCUCUUGAAAAAAGCACCUGUUUAGCAUCGCCAUGGACAAAUCUUUUAUUGUAAAAUGUUUCUAAUUAGCAAGUUGAGGCUUACUACUGUGCCUAUCGUGUUUGGUAUUGCAUAAGAAGCAAGUUAAGACUUGGGGGGGGGGGGGGGCCGGCAUGAAAUGAAAUGAGAAGGGGGCCCUUUUGAAGUCCAAAAUCAAGCAACCUUCGCUCUGAUACUUUUCCAUCGGAAGAGAGAAAAUCUCUUUUUCCGUUGUCCCAUCACACCAAAAUUAAAGAUGGAUUGAAUGUUUUAGUUCCGAGCUUAAAAUCAAACUUCUCGGCACAUCCUUCUCUUUCUAAAGCUUGGGACCUUAGAAAGGACCCAAAUUGAGGUUAAAACGCUUGUACGGGUAGUCCUCGACUUAACGACAGUUCAGCCCAAAACUUCUGCUGCUAAGCGAGACAUUUGUGGAGUUUCGCCUCAUUUUACGACCUUUCUUGGUCGUAAACAAAUCACCGCAGUUAAGUUACUCACACGGGUCUUAAAGUGAAACUGGCUUCCCUUUGCUUGUCGCAAAAGGGGACCCCGUUACCGUCAUAAAUAUGAACCAAUUGCCAAGAGACCAAAUGUUGAUCCCGGCGACCAUGGGUGUAACGGUUGUGUGAAAAACUGUCGUAAGUCCCUUUAGUUCGGUCACUAAGCGAACUGUUGUAAGUCGAGGACUACCUGAAUGAUUCCAGCUCAGAAGAUUUGAACCGUUCCAGGCUUCUAUGGAGGUGCUUCUGACGCCUCUUCCAUGCUUCUAAAAAUGUGCAAUUGGGCCAUGGAUGUUUCGUUAAGCCUUAAAAGAGAUUGGAAUCUCUUAGGCCCAGAAGGACUGCAUCUGUCUGCGUUGUGUGUAUGUUGCAGCUUAUUGGGCCUCUAUUUUUGUAAUCUGAAUGGACUGUGGCAUAAAUUUUAGCCCCUUUUUUAUUGUAAUAAAAAUAAAUAAAUAGGGGCAUUGCACCCAAUGCUGUAUAGUUUUUUUUUCCCCCGGCACAUUUUGUGUCGAAACAGGAGUCGGGUAUACACUGGAAUUCUAAAAAAAAAAGAUGAUUGGGUUGUAAAAAGUAUGGUUACAUUUUCCUACAAAGUAUAUUUUGAUGACAUUGCUUAUUACUGUCAAAUAAAAAAGAAAUUUUCUUUU